CAUCAGCAAAAACAAAACAUUCGCGUAGAAACCUUCGUUGGUUCUUUGUUUUCUUGUUCCGUUUGAAAAAAAAAUAAUUCUACCUCCGAACAUCCUUUCAGUUUCCUGUUUUGAAACGAUAAAAUCCAUUGUGGUCUGCCAAUGGCAGAUACCAUCCUGCAGCAGCAAGAUUGCGCUCCCGGGUUAACGCUGUUCGAUAUCGCAUGGGAUGACGUCCUGUUCGCCAAAGUGCUUCCGUUGUUGUCGCUACGGGAUCUGUUCAACUUCCGGUGCUGUUCCCGGUUGAGUAAACACUUUGUGGACAGUGGUUUCCAGCGUAUGAGAGUGUUGAAUCUGUCAGGAAACAAUGAUCGCUUCAUAGAACGUAGCUUCCGGGUGGUGUCUCGUAACUCGGGUAACAUUCGAACCGUAAACUUGGCCAAAUGUAAUUGGCUGCAGGAUGAACUUCUGACGAGCUUUCUGCAGUGCAACUCCAGAAUAACACGAAUCAAUUUAAGCGAAUGUGCCAACAUAACGUCCACCUCACUACAGCCCAUCAUUAUUGAUUGCAAGAACCUUUCGGUGCUCAAACUGGCCCAUUGCAAUUGGCUGACAAUCGGAGCAAUGGAAGCCCUUACACUGCAUCAUUCCAAAAUUCAAGAGCUGGAUAUCUCUUACUGUAAUUCAUUGAAUGAGCGGUGUAUUUUGGUAUUCCUGCUGAAUUGUCGCCAACUUCACACACUCUCUUUGGCAUACCUGCCCAGUGUGACCGACAACUUACUGUACUCGAUUGCUAAAAACACCAAAGAGAUGCGGCAUCUAAACGUAAUCGGUUGUCAAAUGGUAACAGAUCGUGGGAUUGGGGCUCUUUCACUAUAUUGCAAAAGCCUUGAAUCACUGAUGGUGCGUGACUGUCCCCUCGUAACCGAGCGAAGUUUGUCUUUACUACGGGGACGAGUUUUCAUCGACCGGCCUCGGAAUUACCAGCAUCAGCCUCCCAUGGCACCAAAUCGGGGUUUUCCUAGACUUUUCCUCCAGGUAUAACUGACAGCAGCACCAAGGAAAAAGCUUCGAGAUAUGAUUAAAGGAAGAUUCAUUAAUUACACGUAAAUAUUGAUAAUUUUGGCAUCGCUUUAAGCGUAAUUGGUGGACGCUCCCUAACAGGUAGUUUUCGUAGAGUAAUUGAUAAGUUUGAUGGCUAUAUUAUAUUUAGUAAUCCAAUAUUUAUUAUACACGUUUUGUAAUGUAUACCUUAGUCAUUAGAUAUAAUAUAUUGCAUUAUAAUAUAAA